GGGUUGAUGCGUGCUGCGUAGCUUUUCAUAGUGGGGCAAAAAUAGCAGUGAAGCAACUUUGAACACUAAUAUAAUGUCAAAACUGGACUGCUGCUUGACAUCGUUGUUGCCGCCAUAGUCCUCUUCCUCCUCCUCUUCAAAUCCCUGCAGUUCUUCAAAUUUGAUCUCUGUCAAGUAAAAGUUGCUCUACUCAUCCAAGAGAGAAUUAUAAAGAAAUGGCUGUUGUGGCCUCUGCUCCUGGAAAGGUUCUGAUGACUGGAGGUUAUCUUGUUUUGGAGAGGCCAAAUGCUGGUAUUGUACUGAGUACAAAUGCUCGUUUUUAUGCUAUUGUGAAGCCACUUCACGAGGAAAUUAUACCUGAAAGUUGGGCAUGGGCUUGGGCAGAUGUUAAGUUGACUUCUCCUCAGAUGGCCAGAGAAACUAUGUACAAAUUGUCUCUUAAGAAUUUAAAACUUCAGAGCGUCUCUUCAAGUGAAUCAAGAAACCCCUUUGUAGAAUAUGCAGUGGAAUAUGCCAUAGCAGCAGCCCAUGCAACAUUUGACAAAGAUAAGAAGGAUAUGUUACAGAAACUACUUCUGAAAGGUCUUGAUAUAACAAUCUUGGGAUGCAAUGAGUUCUAUUCGUAUCGGAAUCAGAUCGAAGCGCGUGGACUCCCUCUUACACCUGAAUCAUUGGCUUCCCUUCCACCUUUUACAUCAAUCACCUUUAAUGCAGAUGAUUCAAUUGGAGAAAAUCAGAAGCCUGAAGUUGCAAAAACUGGAUUGGGGUCAUCAGCAGCUAUGACAACAGCUGUGGUUGCUGCUUUGCUUCAUUAUCUUGGUGUUGUUAGUCUCUCCUCUUUCUCGGAGGAUCAAUCACACGGAAGGAAAGAUGAUAGUGAUCUUGAUAUUGUUCACGUGAUAGCUCAAACUGCCCACUGCAUUGCUCAGGGUAAAGUUGGCAGCGGAUUUGAUGUUAGUUCUGCAGUUUUCGGCAGCCAACGUUAUGUGCGGUUUUCACCUGAAGUGCUUUCCUCUGCUCAGAAUGCAGGUAUGGCAACACCACUAACAGAAGUCAUUUAUGAUGUCCUGAAAGCCAAGUGGGACCAUGAGAGGACCAAGUUUUCAUUGCCUCCAUUGAUGACUCUCUUACUUGGAGAACCGGGCAGUGGAGGAUCUUCUACCCCAUCUAUGGUUGGUGCUGUUAAGAAAUGGCAGAAGUCUGAUCCUCACAACUCUCUUGAAACAUGGAAAAAGUUGUCUGAAGGAAACUCUGCGUUGGAAAUGCACCUUAAUACCUUGUGUAAAUUGGCAGAAAGGAACUACAAUGUUUAUGAAAGUCUCAUCAACGCCUGCAGCCUGCUUUCAGCAGAAAAGUGGCUUGAGAGAGCAAAUGAACCAAGUCAAGCAGAUAUUGUUAAAGAGUUAUUAGGAGCCCGAGAUGCGAUGCUUGGAAUCAGGUAUUAUAUGCGCAAAAUGGGAGAGGCUGCAGGAAUUCCGAUAGAACCUGAAUCACAAACUCACCUUCUGGAUACAACGAUGAGUAUGGAGGGGGUUCUGUUGGCUGGUGUUCCCGGUGCUGGUGGUUUUGAUGCAGUCUUUGCUGUCACUUUGGGGGCUUCAAGCAAAAAUGUGACAAAAACUUGGAGUUCACUCAAUGUUCUUGCAAUGCUAGUUACGGAAGAUCCCCGCGGUGUAUCUUUGGAAGAGCAUGAUCCUCGAGCAAAGGAAAUUACUGCAGCUGUUUCUUCAAUCCAACUUCAAUAAUGACCUGCAUGUAUAGGAUAUUAUAUCCAAUGGAUAUAUUAUGACUACGACAUCAGAUUUUACAACACAAAAAGGAUAUAUAUUAGAGCUCUGAAUUGUAACGUCAGAAUCACUUUCAUCAAUAAGCACCUAAUGAGAGCCUGUUGUAUUUUUACCCAAAACUCUGAUCUUGUUAGAAUUAGGUCCGUUUUACUUCAGAACUCUGUAUUGUUUGUGGAAUAAAAAUGUUAGCUUCAUUCCAAUGGUGAGUCUAGCUCUUAUACUUGGAUUAA